CUGGGAUGAUAAUAAAGAAAACGAAAGUAGACUAGAGCGAACAGGACAUGCUAGCUAGCAUAGAGAUCAGUGAAUGUCCUUCAAUUCGGUCCCAGAAUUAGAUGCUCACAGCAAUGGUAUAAUGGGUGACUGGCAUUCGGAAAAAGGCAAUAAAAGAAAAAGAGAUGACUGUGAGGAGUCUUGUCUGUCUCUCAAGUCUGAGAGUAAUUUGCAGAACGGUCAUCACAUCAUAGGCAAAACCGUUCCAGCACCGUCGUCAUCAAACAAGAGACAAGCACAAGAGGGGUUUUCUUGGUGGACUUGUUUACAACUUGGUCUUCCUUUGACACAAUCUAAGCCUCAACCUCUCAAACCUGAUCAGGGAUGACUAAGCUGUUUACUGACUGUGAAGUGAAACUACAAAUACUUAUAUAAUAUAUAAAUUUAUGUGAAUGAGUCUAUAAGAUUUUUAUCAUCUGUUGUUUAAAUGGAUAUUCUUGUUAAAAAAAAACAACCCUAUUUACUGAAAGGACUUUCUAACCAUACGGUACAGGAGUUUUGAAAAAUUUCUUUUUGUGCUUUCUUUUGCUGUGAUCUUAUUUUAUCGGAAAGUUUGUGUGGAACUUGUCUUUAUAAUGUUUGAGAAGACUUUUAAAGGGAUAUGACUAGCACAACAGAGGAUUUUGACACAGACUCUGAAGCGGUGAUGCUCCCUGAACCUCCCGAACGACCUUUGGACUCUGACUGCUGUGGGAAUGGUUGCGUGCCUUGUGUGUUUGACAUCUAUGAAGAGGAAGUUGCUCUCUGGGAAGCUGAGUGCAAAAGAUUGAGAACUGGCGGAAAAAUAUAUGUUGAGAAUAAGGAGGAACCACAGGCAUCACCACUCAUGCCGGACCAGUACAAUCAUUAUGGUAUUGAGAGUAUCUCUCAAGAGACAUGUGAUGCUGUCAGGAUAAGAUGUACCCUGUCACCUCAACAAAAACUUGGUUUGAGCAUGGGUCAGCACAUUAUUAUCAGAUGUCAAAAGCCUGAUGGACCUAUGAUCACAAGACAGUACACACCAAUCUCUCCCGUUGACACAAAAGGAUUUUUUGAGCUAGCCAUCAAGAUUUACACAGAAGGUCAAAUGUCUCAGCUUGUGAAAAACUGGAAGGUUGGGGAAAGGCUGGAGGCAAGAGGACCUAUUGGACACUUGUCAUAUUCUCGGAACAAAUUUAGUCGGAUCCUCAUGCUGUGUGCCGGAACAGGAGUAGCCCCCAUGUGUCAGGUGAUCAGCUCUGUGCUCUCGGACGAAUUGGAAGACACCUACCUCAGACUGGUAUACGCAUGCCGCUCGUAUAAACAACUCCUUGCGAAGAUGGAAAUUGACGAGUGGCGAAGGUUCUGGAAUUUCUCUACCAUCUUUGUAUUGAGUCAGGAACCUGACCCUCCCUCCCAAAGUUAUAAAUAUGGUGAAGAAGUUCUGAGAGGCCAUGUGGACAAGGACUUGAUUUUGUCAGAGCUGGGAAAUAACAUGUGCUCCACAUUUAUCUUGGUGUGUGGUACACGCUCGUUUGAGAUGGACACAUUGAAAGCUUUGAAAGAAAUAGGGGUUCCAAAUGACAAUGUUCAUAAAUUUUGAUACCUGUGUGUGUUUGUCACCUAAGGGUUCUCUUUAUUCCAGAACAUAGACUAAUAGACACGAGCAUAGAAUAACUGAGCUCACAACAGGGAUCUCGGACAAGAAUUGAUUUAUUCAUCUCGCCACUGUGCACGUCUCCAAUUGACGGGAGGUAACUCCCUUAAACAGGGAUAGGACAAUAGGCUGGUUAUGUCCCCUACAAAACACCUUCUCGUUUUAGUAUAAUGUAAUACCUAAACAUCAUAAUUAAACAGAGGUGCUUAGCACAUCAAAUAUGUCAAUCUUUCAUCAGUGACAUCAAAUUUUUUUCAACAAUUUCACUGUGGUAAUUAUACUUUGUAAUGAUAAUAAUAAUUGAGGAAGUGUGCAUUUUUGGCUAUCUCUAUUUCUUGUCUGGCUGACCUUUGUUCUUCGAGUUCCUGCUUGACCUGUUCGUGUUGCCUUGCUCUUUCAACGGCCUUUUUCAAGGUUAAAUCACCCUCAAGUUGAAGCUUUUCUGACAACUCCUUAUUGUUGAGACCUAAGACGAGUCUGUCCCUGAUGGUCUCCUCUUUUUCCCUAAACUCUGCAUGCUCAUACAAACUACAUAUAUAUAUACUGUUCUACACUUUCACCUUCCUUCUGAUUUCUUCUGUAAAAUGUAGCACGGAUGUGAAUAACAUUUCUUUUGGGAACGAAAUAUUCUUUCAGCUUUAUCAACACUGUGUCAAAAUUCUUCUGCUGUUGUAGACAGUUUGUGGAAUGCGAACAGUUCAAGUGGUUUGAACGACAUUGUCUCACGUACAUGCCAAAACUUUUCUGCUUCCCUGGUUAAGCCGACUUUCUCAAACGGAGCCUCCUUUGACCAGUCAAUCAAGAACACUUUUCUGUAUUGUUCCUCUAUUUGCUCAAGGUUUUCCCCCAUCAGAUGCAUGAAUGGUAACUCUUGGAAUGCUGGUCUGUUCAUCUGGUUGAGGACUUUCUGUUGGCUAAGAUUACUCAGACGCUGGAAAAGUUGCAUCGACUGGGGAGUCGUUUUUCCACUUGCUCCGUUGCCUCCUCUUACAUGGAUUGGCUGCAAAUUUUUAUGCUGAGAAUACGAUAUUCUUGUGUCUCUUUACGUUCUUCGGACACUCCAGACAAAAAUGCUUUGCAUUCAGUUUCAAAUUUGAAUCCCAGGUCACAGUCCUUGACAUCUUUCUUUGAACCAUUAGAACAGUCUUUUCCUCAGACUGAAAUGGAGCAGACGUAAUUCCCUGGACAGUUCAUUUGGGUUUGCCUUAGCAGACUGAAAGAGACUAUUCACUCUUUCAAACUCUUGUAUGAUUGGAACAACGAAAUGGAAUAACAGUCUAUUGAUUGGGUCUUGAAGCAUUUCUUUCAAAAGUCUUGCCUUGUACUUUGAAUCAGGCUGUGCAUGUAGCUCAGCAAUUGUGAAGUAGGCCACAAGUGUGUCCCAGUUGAUCAGAAUGUUAAACAGCACCUUUCCACGAACUAGCCACCAAGUUUCUGAAGCUCCUAAGAAUGGCGUUGGAUGUGACUGGUCGCCAUCAUUGUCGGAGUCUGUGUUCAUGACUUUGAACAGCUGCUUAAAACCUUCUCUUCGGAGAUUACUAUGAGAAAACCAACUCGGAAUUUCCUUCAGGAGAAUUCCAGGACAUAACCAGCCUACUGUCCUGUCCCUGUUUUAAGGAGAAAACAGGGAUAGGACAAUAAGGUGGCUAUGUCCCUUACACAACAGUGUGUGAAGUUGAUAUAAUAAGUCAUAAUUUAUAUUACAGAUAUAUUAGACUCAUACACCCAGACGUUGUGCCUUCUUGUUCCUCAUUUUUUUCCACCCUUUUCAACUCAGGGUGCAUUUAGCGCCACUGAUUUUG